AUGGAGCCAAAGCUAAAGUAUUUCUUUUGGCUCCUGUGGAGAGACCGAAUCCCACAUAAAAUGCUUCUUGCCCUUCGAAAUAUUGUCCCUAACUCCUGUUGUCCUCGCUGUCACCUUCCUAGUGAAAAUUCAGCCCAUGUGAUCCGUGAUUGUGUGUUCUCUAUGGAGAUCUGGAAAGCAUGUGGUUUUGAUCCCCUCCCCCUCUUAUGCUUCAAUGAUUGGCUCCGAAACAAUUUGGAGGUUGAUUUAAGGUUUAAAGGGAUUGAGUGGGCGGACAUCUUUCCAUAUUUAUGUCAUGAAAUAUGGAAGAAUAGGAAUGACUGCAGCAUUAAUGGGGCUUCCCCUUCUUCAGCUGACGUUAUCAUCCCCAAAGCCAUAUCGCUGUCUCUUCUUCUUAUUCAAUCCAAAAAGUCCAUUGUCCUACCCUCCCUUGCCCCUCGAAGCACGGGGCCUCCUCCUUCUCAGACCACUCGUCCGACCAUCCAUGUAGAUGCAUCUUUCACACACCUAGCGGACCCCAUGGGUACCGGGGGUGUGGCUAGAGACGAGAGGGGGUUUUGGAUCAUAGGAUUCGGGACUAGGAGUUUUGCGAUAGAUGUGGUCAUGGCUGAAAUCAUGGCCAUUCAACAGGGUUUGUUUAUUGCUAGGCAGUUUAGGUUACUUGAGGCCAUUAUAUUUACUGAUUGCAUGAAUGUAGUAGGAUUGUUGUAUAAUCAUGAGAGUUGUGCUGACAAAUAUAUGAGUGCUAUUUUUGAAUGCAGAAAGUUAUGGAGGGAUCUCCCCCUAGUGACAAUUGAGCAUUGCAGCCGGAAGGACAAUCAAGUUGCGGAUUUGCUUGCCAAGGAAAGUAGAAUUAAGGAUGGUAGUUGCAAUGUAACUAGGAUGUUCCCAACUCCCCCUAGUUAUUGUAAUACGGCUUAUAUUGCAGAUUUUAAAACUCGUUCUAAUAUGACUAUAUAA